CAACGCACUUAAACGCGCCAACGCUUCCCUUUUAGCUAGGGUUCGUUUUUCCCUCUUCUGUGCCUUCGAAUCUUCGCCUGCUCGCACCUUUUAUUAUCCUUUCUUCCGCAUUUCGCUUUUGCUACCAUGUGGGUUCUGAAGCUCCGUCUAAAUAUUCGUCCUUCUUCAUUCCCUUUCUUAUAUGCCCCCUCCAGAUUUUACUGCUUCUGCUCCAUUCGAUUUGUAUUUUCGCUCGGUUCUUCUUCGUAGCUUCUCCAUACUUCGUCUGCGUAGUGGAGGCCCGUACUGUAGCUUACUGUCGAUUUUGCCAGCAAUUUCUACUUGGAAAUUUGUCUCUCUUUUCGUAUUGGCAUUUCUGUUCAAUUGGCUGCAAUGAUUAGAUGCUCUCUUUUUGGCCUAAGCCCUGAGUCCACCGUAUGUUUCGUUCGCGAUUCAUAGCAUUUGCCCUCGCAAAUUCCUCUCAGAGAUCUCUCGUGGCCUCGUUCGCUUAUCUUGUUUCGCUUGCCUAGUGUUCUCGGAGACAAAGAUGGAUCUGGUGCUCUCGACUUCAAGAUCUCUAGUUUCUUGCCACAUUUAGCAAUACCGACCGGUUGUUCCGUCAAGCACGGCUUACCAAUGAAGCUUUCGAUUCGCCCGCUGUUUGGUGUUCUACUUGUCGUCGUCUUCGUUGCCACUCUCAGCUGCACAACCAUUGUUCGGAGAGGCUUAUUGUCCAUUGAGCUGGAGAGCAGAGUAUGGGUUCAAGUCCCGACGGCUCUAUUGUUGAACGCGACGCUGCUAAAAUACGCCUCCAUCGACAUCGGAGAAGAGAAGUCGAAGCAAGAAAUCCAGCAGCUUCUGGACGGGAACUUUGGAAGCCAAGCCCGGCACCGGACAUUUGUCUCUUGGCGUAGAUUCAUUCACCAUGAUAUCUCAGAGAAGGACCCCAGGAAACUACCAGCAACGAUACGCUCUCCGUUGUUUUAUAGGUAUUGGUUAGAUUUCCGAAAGGUUUUGAACGAUUGGGCCAGGAAAAAGAGGUUUCAGCCUGGUAUUCUGUCCGAUUUGUCGCGGCUGGUGAAGCUUCCGAUCGAUAGGCACAACGGAUUGGCCGGUUCUGACCGGCGAUACUCGUCUUGUGCGGUGGUGGGCAACAGUGGGAUUUUGCUGAACAGCGACUAUGGGAAGCUUAUUGAUAGCCAUGAGGCAGUUAUCCGAUUGAACAAUGCAAGGGUAGAGAAGUUUGAGAAGAAAGUGGGGUCUAAAACUAGCAUUUCAUUUGUAAACAGCAACAUUUUGCAUCUCUGUGCGAGGAGGAAAGAAUGCUUUUGCCACCCAUAUGGCGCUAAGGUGCCAAUGGUUAUGUACAUUUGCCAACCAGCUCAUUUCUUGGAUUACACGGUUUGCAAUUCCUCUCACAAAGCACCGUUACUCGUCACCGAUCCGCGAUUCGAUAUGUUAUGUGCUCGGAUUGUGAAGUACUACUCCUUGAAGAGGUUUGUGGAGGAGACAGGGAAAGCUUUGGAAGAAUGGAGCUCUGCACAUGAUGGUGCUCUAUUUCAUUACUCUUCUGGCAUGCAAGCUGUUAUGCUAGCUUUAGGAAUCUGUGAUAGAGUCAGUAUAUUUGGGUUUGGCAAGUCUGCGUCAGCGAGGCAUCAUUAUCAUACGAAUCAGAAGGCUGAGCUUCAUUUGCAUGACUAUGAAGCAGAAUAUGCGUUUUACAGGGACCUGGUCGAUGGACACAGAACAAUACCUUUUCUUUCGGACAAAUUCAAGAUUCCGCCCGUUGUGUUGUAUCAAUGACCCAUCAUUGUUCUGAUUUAUGGUGGAGCAGUCAGCAAAUUCCUUUAUUGUGAAGCAUCUGAAUUUUUCUCUUUUGAUUCUUGUGAAAUGCACAGUGUAUGGAAAGCAAUACUGAUUGAAGAGUUUUUUGGUCUUUUCCCUCAUUCCAGAACUACUCGUGCCACAGCUAGGCUCUGGCAACAGUUUAAGUGUAAAUUGCGGUUAAAUCAGUACAUCUUUGUUUUGUACACUCAA